AUGGACGUCGAGCGCAUAGAUGAUUGGCAGUUCAGUGUCAAGUCUGGAGCAGGAUUUUACAAUGUAGAUUUGGAACUCCGAACAUGUUCUUGCGGAGUUUUUGAUGUGGAGAAGAUACCUUGUUCGCACGCCAUUGCUGCAAUUAACGACGCGCGCUUACUUGUCUCUUCAUAUGUGAGUCCAGCGUACAAUAAAUUACUGUCCACGCUACCUAUGCGCAUCAGCUCUAUCCUUCAGCAUCAAACUUUUCAUUCGUUAAAAAGGAACCUUGUCUCCCCCCUGAGCCUGCACCGACACCCGGCAGGAAAAAGAAAUGAAGGUGGCAAACUUGGUUAG